GGCGCAACGAUCGGACUUUGUUGUCGAUAGUCAUUUCCAGCGUCCAGGUGGCAAGGAGCACUGGUGUUCACAGGUGACCGCGUUGACAUUGACGACCGUGAAAAGUGUGGGAGUGAUCAGAGUGCUUUGGGUUAUUGGUUCUACUAGGUGCACGCUACAGCACCCGUGGUAUACUACGACCUUUCCCCCUGCGAAACUUAACCAUCGUGAGGGAUACUGGUAGUCUGCCAGGUGUUCUAUGUGAUUCUGUUGUUGGAGUUGUUGGUAACCUGGCUUAAACCUUUCUCAGACACACUUUCUUUACACCUUCUACAUUCUUUGACUUACUGUCUCUACAUCUCUUCGGGUGAUUUACCAUGUCAGAUUCUGAUCCUAACAUCUCAACAUCAGCAGGAGGAUCUACUACUGGCAUUGCUGUCGGUGUAUCCCUCGGAUGCGUCUUCCUGGUUAUUUCUGGCAUAGCAUUCUACUUCUGGCGCCGUCGCCGUCAGGCAAAGGGCAGCACACGCACCAUUAAUGACAGCCGAAGGCACACAACAGCUGCAGCUGUUGAUCCAAACCAUCUCGCUGCUCGUGUCACGCCGUUUUUCCCAGGACAAGAGGUUCCAAGAUUCACCCAUCGACCAGGAGAGAACAUGCGCGUAGCCAGACGACGUUCUGAUGGUGGCUGGGACUUCAGCGAACCUCUUGCUAUCACACCUCCAUCUGCACCUUUUGCAGAGUCUUUACACCCUGCACAGUCGUCUCCAAGCAACUCCAUAUUCAAGAAGGAGAAAGUGCCUGGAGAAUUGACUACGAGGGGUUAUGUGGAGACGGAUUCGGAAGGUCUUCCGCCGCCUGCUUAUUCUACGAGCGAGAGUGGUCAUAGCUCUAUGUAUGGGUUUCGCUUCGGUUUAUGCGGAUGAUGUUUACGUUUGAUUUCAUUGCCAGGCUCAACGUCUCUCCUCAGCAGUUUGGGUCAUCCGGCCUUCUCCUACGUUUAACGUGCUUUAGUUUAUGUCUGAUCUGUAUACCGCGUGUAUAGUAUGGUCGGUUCUACUUCCUUUAUCUUGCUACCCGAUGUAUUUUCUGUCCAAGUACUUCGGGUCCAGGACGGAUCGGCGCUUGUGCAAAGAUAAGAUAAGAUGCAGCAUUGAGAGCCAGACGCCC